UCAAUUGUGGUUGGGGCACGAACGUUUUUUGUGCCAAUUCGGCUGACAGUUAUAAUCAGUGCGCCAUUACAGCAUGUUUAAGGCGAGCGGCACGAAUUUGCUAGAUCUUCAGGCCGAGCAGGUGAGCGACUGGCUGAAGAGCUUCGAUACGAUUAUCAGUGACGGCGACGGCACAAUAUGGUUUGAUGAUACGGCUAUCGAAGGCGCUGUAGAAGUGUUGAAUGCACUGCAAUCACGUGCUGGAAAAAAGAUUUACUUGAUGACAAAUAAUGGCCUCAAGACUCGCCAUGAAAUCUUUCAACGCGCUCAAAAACUGGGCAUUCAUAUACCAAAUGAGUCGCACAUCAUUUCGCCGACACAAACCAUUGUUGAUUAUCUCAAGCAGCACAAGACAUUCGACCGCACAAAGCGGGUUUACGUGGUCGGAAAUGCGGCUAUUGCUAGGGAAUUAACCGACGCCGGCAUUGAGAGCUUUGGUGCUGGUAAAGCCGAGGAACUGCAGCCAGGUGACAAGUGGCAGGAGUUUGUCCAGCGUGAGUUUAGUACGCCCGCAGCUGCGGCCAAUAUUGGAGCCGUUGUUGUCGGUUGGGACGAGUAUUUCAGCUACUGCAAAUUGGCCCGUGCCUGUCACAUUUUGAGCAGCAAUCCCGAUUGCCUAUUUCUCGUUACGAACAAGGAUGCCGUGCACAAAUAUCCCUCUCUUCACAUACCCGGCACCGGCGCUUUUGUCGCCGCCAUCGAAACCUGUGCCGAACGUCCGGCAUUGGAAAUGGGCAAACCGAAUCCUUUGGUGCUUCAGCCACUGCUGAGCACAGCUGCAUUGCAGCCAGAGCGUACGCUAAUGAUUGGCGAUUGCUGCAAAGUCGACGUCACCUUUGCUAGGAACUGUAACAUGCAAUCCCUCCUAGUGGGCACGGGCAGCUAUCAAUUGGAUCAGUUGCGUGAGAACCCCCAGCUGCCAAUGCCAGAUGUUUAUCUGCCCAAGCUAGGCAAUCUAUUGCCUUAUAUAUAGGCCUCGAUAAAAUUGUAAAUAAUAGUAAUAAAUAAUAGUGUGAACAAAAAUGAUAAGCAAAAACCGUGUUGAAUAAUAAAUACGCUUGCCUGUCAAUAAAAUGCAUUUUA